AUGGCACCCCGAAUACAGAACUCUGUCGUCUCCAACUCUCUCCUUCCUUACCUUUCCACAUCUUCUACCUCAUCCUCCUCUACAUGUCUUCCCAGGCUAGCUACCACAUGCCCUUCAUCACAUGAGUCAUGGCGUUCGUGUCGGUCAUUUUCGUCCACGCCCGCCCCCCAAACCAGACGUCGCCGCGAGAUGUUCGCGUGGCUCAAUACCGAGGCAGCCAUGCUGAAAUCCCACACUCCAGGCACAACAAACUACCUCAUGCGGACCAAUCCCAAACUCAAGGAGCUGUCGAUUGCUGAAACCAGAAUUUUUCCGGCAAACCCUGCCUACCGCUCCGAGAGUAUUCUCAGUGAGGAGCUGCGGACAGAGAUCUACAACCGGGUAGUAAAACAGAAGAAGAGUGUGCGUGCGGUUAGUGUCGAGCUGAAGGUUGACAUGAGGAGAGUCGCUGCCGUAGUCCGGCUGGUCGAGUUAGAAAAGCGGAUGGAAAAACAGGGUAAAUCCUUGGCUUUGCCUUACGCUCGUGCAAUCCAUGAAAUGGUACCCGUAACGCCUCUAGACCAUCCCCAUGAAGAAAUUAACGACCUCCCCGUCCACCGCCUCACCAACCCUCAAAUCUUCUAUCCCGUCUCUGAGUCCCGCCAAUUCAACCGUGUUGAUGCUGGCCGUGUCUUCUCCGCUGCUCCGGCUUUAGAACAUGAGCAGGUUGCUAAGGAUGCUGCCAAUCCCUCCGAGGCCAUUAGCCGGGUUACACAGAACCCAUCGCACAUUGAGCUUGUCGGCAAAGGCGAUGAAGAGCAUCAGGUCCUCCAGCCGGCGGACGUGCGUAUUCCGCACCCCCACAUGGUCACAAGUACCCGUGACAUCAAAAGGGUGCCGAAUGAGGGUGCCAAACACGCUGAGCUCUACCAGGCUCGCCUCAACCAGCAAGAUGCUGCUGAUCAGGAGCGCAAGCGUCUCGCCCAGGAGCGUAAGGAGAAGCAAACGCAGCGUGUGCAGCCCGAGGAUUCUCGCUUCGAGUUCCGUAUCAACGACGUUGUCGUCAGCCAGGAAACCACCGGCAAGGAUGGCCGCAACGCUCGGGCUCCUGGUCGCAGAUACGGUGUUCCCAGCUACGACCGGAAGAAGGGUCAAGUCAAGAUCCCCACCCGUGUGGAGGUUUAA